AUAAAUUUGGUCAUGCGGCAAUAUUAAUUUAGUAACCCAUUUCAUCAAUGACGUUCUCGGAACUGUUCCCUUUUUCAUUGAACAAUGCUUUCCGUGUGCUGCCACCAAAAUCAAAGCCUAACGAAACCCCACAAACCCCAACAAUGGAAAGAAAACAGUUGAAAAUCGCGCCCCAUCUUUCCCUUUUCAGAAUUGCAAUCCUCUUCUCUUAGCUGCCGCGCAUUCUAUCAGCCUUUGUUUACUCCAAUCCGCCGCUUCUUCCUGCUGUUCAUCUCUUGUUUUUCUUUGAUCCCUCUCUUUUUGGAGGGAAGAAGAAAUAGGAGAAAUGGAAAGCGUAGCAGUGUGGCAAUCGGUGGCUUUAUGCGGUUUCUUCUCGUGGAUUGCGUUUGCUUCCUACAUUAACAUAACCCACAAGGUUAGAUCCUUACUCCAACCAUGGGCGGCUCACCAUGUCGUCGCCGGCGCUCCUCUCAUCCUUCGAAUCCAGAAAUAUCAGAAUUCGUUCAUGGAUGCCUUGUUUUCUGGGUUGUCUUGCUUUGUAUCUGUGCCUUUCUACACUGCUUUUCUUCCUCUGCUGUUCUGGAGUGGCCAUGGAAAAUUGGCUCGUCAAAUGACCCUUUUGAUGGCUUUCUGUGAUUACUUAGGGAAUUGCCUUAAGGAUGUGGUAUCAGCUCCUAGACCCAGUUGCCCACCUGUUAGGAGAAUAAUUGCCACCAAAGAUGAGGAAGAAAAUGCCAUGGAAUAUGGUUUGCCAUCUUCUCACACGCUAAAUACAGUUUGUUUAUCUGGAUAUCUCGUGUAUUAUAUCCGAUCUUACGCUGAAAAUAUAAGUGCCCCCUACGAAUUCGCAGGAUUUUCUCUUGUUUGUUUGCUUGUGGUCCUCAUUGGCUUGGGAAGAAUAUACCUGGGCAUGCAUAGCCCAAUUGACAUCAUUUUCGGUCUUGUUUUCGGGUUGAUGAUUCUCUUAUUUUGGUUGAAUGUUCAUGAAUACGUGGACGACUUCAUUACCAUGGGCCAAAAUGUUAUUUAUUUCUGGGGUGCUCUAAGCAUUUUGUUGCUCUUUGCUUAUCCUACUCCUGAGUUUCCUACUCCAAGCUAUGAAUUCCACACGGCUUUUGAUGGUGUUGCUUUUGGAAUUGUAGCAGGGGUACAGCAAACAUACCAUCAGUUUCACCAUGAAGCUGUUGCGCGCAUCUUUACUCCACGACUCCCAUUUCCCACGUUUGUUGGUCGUAUGCUCGUCGGUUUACCGACCAUAUUAAUCGUGAAGUUUUGCUGCAAAGCUCUAGCUAAAUGGAUCCUUCCCAUUAUUGCACACACCUUGGGCAUGCCUGUAAGAUCAACUAGCUAUAUCCCAAUGCUAAAUUCAUCAUCAACAGGUAAGGCGGGGGAUGGGAGCAAACAACGUCGGCCUCUACACAAGCUGUUCUUCUUGAGCCAGGACUCGUUCGACAUCGACACAGGCAUUAGGUUUGUUCAGUAUGCAGGCUUAGCUUGGUCUGUUGUUGAUCUUGUUCCCUCUCUUUUCGCUUAUCUGAACUUGUGAUACGUUAACUCCAAUAUAAUUGGUUCGGUUCUGUAUAUUUUUCAUUUUGCAGUCCCUAUCAUUUGAUUAA